UUCUUCUUCUUCUUCUUUUUCUUUCUCCCGUCUCCUUCAGAUCCCCCGAAGGAACAGACACACAGCAACUAACUACUCCUAGCAAGUUCUUGGGCAUGGAAGACGACGGCGACUGGAUCACGGCGAGGUACCUCCUCUCCUCCAUCCUCGGCCGGAACCCCCUCGUCGUCGACCACGUCGACGAGGAGUCCUUCCCGGUCGACCACGCCGCCGCCCGCGGCGGCCCGGCGGAGGCGCCGGCGCGGAAGCCGCCGCCGGCCGUGUUCGCGGCGCCGAGCGUGGCCGGCACGGUGUGCGCGGUGUGCACGGAGGAGAUCGCGGUGGCGGACCCCGUGGUGCGGCUGCCGUGCGCGCACUGGUACCACGCCGGCUGCAUCGCGCCCUGGCUCGGGAUCCGGAGCACCUGCCCCAUGUGCCGCGCAGAGCUGCCGGCCAGGGAGGAGGCCGCCGGGGCCGGCGGCGUCGGCCGCGAGAAGCCCCGGCGCGCCGAGGCCGGGACCAGCGGCGCCGGCGUGCGGCGGGACGCGUCCUCGUACGGGGGGUACGUCGCCGCCGGGGGCGUCCUGUCCGGCUGAUGGAUGGCGGCCGUGGCAUCGCGUGCGCGCCAUGGCUUUUUUUUCUUCUUCUUUUCUCCAAAGUGGUGCUCGAUACCUGUUGUACAGAUGAAAAUGGUUAAUUAUUAACAUGAUGUUGGAUUCGUCA